CUUUCCCCCGCGACGACCGAUUCAUGACCGGUGAUCUUUUUAUCGUCGCAAUAUGGCACAGUUUGAGUACGAUGAGUCUGGUGGCACAUCGUUGUAUUUUCUAGUUUCUUUUUAUGCAUUAUUUCUAAUUCCUAUUACUUAUUGGUUAAUCCCUUCAAGACAAAAGGAAAAUAAAGAGGAAGAAAAAGACUCGUGCAAAUGUGAAGGAUGUGUAAAAAAAAAGGCGGUCUUAUUAACAGUUACGCCUAAAAAAACAUUAUUAUCUACUCUCAAGUGGAUUCUCCUGGUUUUAGCGUGGUGUUUAUUUAUUGCGCUAGCUUACAAAGCAUCCCAGCUGGAGCGGGACCAUCAGGAAUAUGAUCCAUUUGAAAUCCUUGGCCUCGAUAGAGAGGCAAGUGAAGGCGAAAUUAGACGCCAGUACCGAUCACUGAGUAGGCAGUUCCAUCCUGACAAAGAAACAGGAGAUGAAAAGAUGUUCAUGAGAAUAGCAAAAGCAUAUGAAGCUUUGACCAAUGAAGAUUCUAAGGUGAAUUGGCAGAAGUAUGGGAACCCAGAUGGGCCUACUGCAGCCACAUUUGGUAUAGCUUUGCCUGCUUGGAUUGUUGACCAAAGUAAUUCUGUUUGGAUACUUGCUGUAUAUACUCUAGCCUUUAUGGUCAUCCUACCUAUUGCUGUUGGUACCUGGUGGUAUCGCUCAAUAAAAUAUAGUGCUGUUGAAGUUCUUCUAGAAACAACUCAAAUUUAUUUUUAUUUUAUACAUAAAACACCAGCUAUGAAUCUUAAGCGUGCAUUGAUGAUUCUUGGUGCCUCACUUGAAUUCAGAAAAACACAUAAUAAAGAAAUAGACAGUAGACCUAGCGAUAAUGAGGAACUGCCAAAGAUUAUGAGAGAUCUUGAUGUCGGGCAGAAGAACAAAGAACAACCGUUGUGCCAGCCAUACAGUGUGAAGGCUAGGGUACUGAUGCAUGCCCACUUAUCGCGUCUGUCGCUACCACCCAACACACUUCAAAUUGAUAAAGAGUACAUUGUGCGCAAGUGUCCUAUGUUAAUACAUGAGAUGGUGAGCACUGCAGGACAGAUUGUAUUUUAUAAAAACAUUGGAAGAGCUCAACAUGAGCCGAAGCUUGAGUCUGUUGAGAAUAUGAUGAAAAUGUGUGCUAUGAUUGUGCAGGCAUGUUGGGAUAAGAAGUCUCCACUUUAUCAACUUCCACAUUUCAACGAGAAGACAGUCCAUCACUGUGGAUCUAGAAAGCAUAAUAUCAAAACAUUAGUCAAUUUUGCCAAGAUGAAGAAUAUUAAUAGAAGGCAAAUGCUGACAUUUAUGAGUGAUAAAGAAUACGAAGAUGUAAAGAAUGUGUGUUUUAAACUGCCGUAUGUAAAUGUAGAGCAUGAUAUACAAGUUCGUGAUGACGAAGAUACAAAAACUGUCACUGAAGGUUGUUUAGUAACAGUUGUGGUGACACUAAAAAGAAACAGUAUAGAGUCUCACUUUGAAGUGGGUACUGAGGAGCCGGAGGAAGAACAAGAAGAUGCUGGUGAUGAGACAGAGGACAGGGUUGUCGAGGUGGAAGUUAAAGUUAAACCAAAAGUUUGGGAAAAGCAGAAAAAGAAAGGAAAUAAGAAGAAAGGUGGUGGAGGGAAUGCAAAGAAAAAGCAGAAAGCAAAAAAAGCGAUAGCAAACAAAACUAAGCCCAAUGGCGUAAUCUCUACUGAAGUGGUGGAAGCAGAGAAGGAGAAAGAAAACUCAGAGAGUGGAUCGGACAUUGAGGGAGACUAUUUUGGUGAUGAGGAUGCAAUUAUGGUAUCAUCAACCGACGACGAUGAGGAGGAUGAUUGGAACACAUUCCAAUCCGACAUCAAGAGGAAGGAGAAAGUUCUUGAAGGCCAAUCAAGAGAAUCUCACAUAGUCCAUUGUCCUUACUUUCCAGAUGUAAAACAAGAAUGGUGGUGGGUCUACAUCGCAGAUAGGAAAACAAAGAAAUUAAUCACAGUACCCAAUAUGGUUUAUGACUUAAAGCCUGAACAAGAAAAAGAGGUUUUACUGCAAUUUACUGCAAGCAAGAAAGGACUUUAUCAUUACCAUAUUUGUGUGUCCUCCGAUUCUUACAUAGACCUGAACAGAUUAAUACCUAUGAAGCUUACUGUGCAUGAAGCGAAGGAGGUCAAAGUUGAGCCAUCCGAUAACGAAGAAGAGAAAGACGAUAACGAAAGUGAUGGCUCAGAUUACACCACAGAUGAAGAUAACGAUUACAGUGAUGAUGAUUAGAAAGAACCAAUAAAAUGCGGUGAAAGCAACUACUGAAGAUAAUAACGCUCACUCCUUGUUGGAGUUUCGUCUGCAAUGAUUGACAGACCCCAGAUCUGUCAAGGAUAUUUCAAGAUAAGGUGAUAGGAUUCAUGCACAGAUAGGGUCAAUAUCUUUAUAUCUAACUGGCAUGUGUAUACAAUAUAUAAAAAAAAAUAGAAGUAUUUUCAUCAGUGAGUUAACUGAUACAAGAUGGAAUAUUCUCGAUGACAUAAGUCUUCAUUAUGAGGCUUAGGAAGUGAAGUUUUAGUUAUUAAAACAAAUGGGUGUUUGCUUGAUUUGAACCCAGGAUUUCAUAAUUUGAAGUCAAGCAUCCUAAUUGACCAUCUACCGCUUUACUCGGACAUUUUCAAGAUGAGGGUGUGUUCGAUGUCUGCAAGCUUUUCAAUCUUUGCAUGGCAUGUAUAUAUAAUUGCUUCCAAUGUACGUGCAAGCCCCCAAUUUAAAAAAAAAAAUACAUAGGUUUUAUAUAGAAAACCAAGACUUAAUUGGCUGACUGUGCUAAAUAGUGCAAUCUAUUUUUUGAAUAUUUCCUGGAUAAACCACCAUAGUCUCUGAACUAGAACAACCUCCCCCCCAAAAAAAUAAUAGAACCAUUCUUCUAAAUAUGCAAAUGUCCAUGCUGUUUUAUCAUGGUGUAGUUAAUAAAGAAGGCCAAAACUUAAUUGGCAGACUGUGCUAGAUAGUGUAAUCUAUUUUUUUAAUACUUACCUUGAUAACACACCAUAGUUUCUCAAUUCAAACACCCCCCUGAAAUAAUAGAAUCAUUCCUUUUAAUAUGCAAAUAUCCAUGCUAACUAACAUAAUGCAUCCUCAUUCUCUUAUGGUGUUGUUAAUAAAGAAGACCAAGAAUUAAUUGGCAGACUGUGCUAGAUAGUACAAUCUAUUUUUUGACACAAAUUAAGCAUUUUCUGUUUGACAUUUUAAACUUUGACUGUUUCUUUAUUUUACAAAGGGUAAGACCAUUUGGAAUUAUAAUAAAAUGUUACAUAUACAAAUUAUUACAUUCACCAUUCACAUCCAAUUUUUUUAUUUAUUUAUUUUUUUUUAAAUUAGAUUAAAUUAAAAAAUUUAAUUUAAUAUUCAUGUAUUACUUUACUGCACACACUCUCAUAGCAUGUCAAGAAUGCAUGGUCUUUGGGUGCUAUGAAUUACUUUGAUGUUGCACACAGAUAGAAAUGGUUUUGGUGUGUCAUAUAUUACUAUUAUGUUGCUAUAUCAACAAGGUCAAAUAUGGAGCUAUUGUAUAAUAUAAACAAAAUUAUAUCAUAAAAGAUACUGCAGGUUGUGUUGAACUAAUAGAUUUUUAAAUAUUGUGCAUAAAUAUUAGAUUUCUACCCAAAUUUCGAAAUUUCUUUUAGCAGACACAUAAAUACAAUUAUUUAUUGUGGAUUUUUUUUAAGUCAGUGGAAUUAUUUGUAUCUAGAUUUAUAUAGAUUAUAUAGUUUUUGACACAUAUAAGGAUAAAUAUGAUUCAUGUGUAUUUUCUCGCAUAUACAGUUUUUGUAACAUUGUAUUCAGCAGCAGCCAGUUUAGUCGACUAAACUGGUGGUAGCCUGUGUAUGUGCUGAGCCCUGGAGAUCUCUAGGUUCCCAUCGCUGUUCUUCUUGUGGUUUAGCUGGAGGGCUGAAAUGCAAGUUUCAAUAGCUCACCCACUGUCUUCCGGAUGAAGUGUGAAAGCCGUUGGUCCCGUGUGCAAAAUGGCUCAUAUGCAUGAUGAAGAACGCAGUGCACUCUUCGGAAAAGAGUAGGAGAUUGUUUCCCGGUGUACUAUCCAAUUCACCACCAAUAGGACCACACUGGAAAUAAGUCUUAAGACAUUCGCGAGUUAACUUUUGUGUGUAUCACACUAUGAUCACACCAAGGAAAUUCAAACUUAAUCCAUGUAAUGAACAUGGUACAUUUAGAAUGUUGGUAUCGAACAAUAGAUGCUUUGAUACAACUUUGUAAAAUAAAAUGUGAGUUGCAUGUUGCUUUAUGCUUACAGUAAUAAUGAUUUCGGCUGUCAAGUAAAUGAUGCAAAAUGAUCCCCAUCCCAGACUAAAUAUUGUAUUCAGUAAUCAAGUAUUUUUUCCACUUGGUUACAGUGGGGCAGGGGAGGGCAUCCCACGCCCAUCCCCACCGCCCCCCAGGUAUGGACCACCCAUUAUCCAAAGCCACUAUGAUGUCGUCGGACCAAAAACAGAUAAUUUAGCUAUCCCGUCAUAAAAACUCUUCUCAUGAACCCUACCCUCAAAGAGCCUCUUGGUCGUCGUCCUCUUGAUUCGGACCCCCUGUCGGACAUUUCGGACUCCCUGUCAGCAAAUUUCUGGAGCGACCGCUGAUUGGAACAAGAGAAAUACAAAUGUAGAAAUAAUCAAUGUCAAAUUUAUAUAACAGUUUUCUAGGUCACUUAUUAUUACAGUAUAGACGGAGGUAAAUUUUCUUGUUUUCUAAUUAAGCUUGGUUUCCAUACAAUCGCUACAUGCUAUCGCCGACAGUCUUCGGUGAUGCUGAUUGGUCGGUCAAGUUGGGGAGCCUUCCGAGUUGCGUAGGGGACCGCUACGUAGUACGAUUACACUUAAAACACUGUAGCGACAGUGUAGCGAUUCUAUGGAAACCAGGAUUUAAUGAACACUAAUUGCCUGAAUUGGUUUCCAUUGUAGCUAUUGUGCUUCAUGAUUGUUAAUAUCAAGUUAUAUACAAAUAUAGUAUUAUUUUAUUAUCAUCAUGUUGUACAGUAACUGUUCUAAUACAUACCAUCAUCAUUAUUAUUAUGACGAUUAUCAUCAUCACUGCCACCAUCAUCUUCAUCAACAUCACCAUUAUCACCACCGUCAUCAUCAUCAUCAUCAUCAUCAUUCUCAAUAUCAUAAUUGUUACAUUAUUUUGUAGAUUAAAGGGUGAUCGGUUAUAUUGAAUUAUUUGUGAAAGGACGUAUUAUUGCUUUUGAUUAGUGUAGAUUCAGGCAGGCCUGUUAUAAGAUGUUCUGAGAUUUGUCAACGAGCUUGUGUAAGUCAUUGUAAGAAAAGUUUAGCUGGGCCUUCAUAAAACGAACAACCCUUAAAAUGUGCCUGUGAUUUCAUUGUUAAAUUGUUAAUUAUACCAUUAAUAAAAGGUGAAUUGCUUUGUAAUAUUAUUGUUUUAUUUUUAUUUAUUUAUAUAUUUUUUUGUAUAAAAAGAAUAUCUGAAUGAGAUAUUUAUUGAAUGUACUUUUAUUAUAAGUAAACCUCCGUUGAUCUUAACAUUUUUCAAGGUCAUGGGAAGGCUGUCAAUCACACUGUUUCAGAAACGUUAUGUUUACUUUAAUCAAUCACAGAUUCACAGAUUAUGCAUUCGCAUUGAACGAUUGUAUCAAUAAAUUACUUGAUACUUAAU